AUGCCACCGAGCACUGUGUUGUUGAUACUCUUCGGAGUAUUUGCACUCUUCCAGUCGGGAUUGGCCAAGGAGGAAGCCGCCGUUGAUCGGGAUGCUGGUCUCAACACCGUGCAAAUCAUUCAAGCUCGAGGAUACGCCGUCGAGACGCACAAGGUCACAACUGCAGACCGGUAUGUGCUCACGAUGCACCGCAUCCCCAAAAGCUACACUGAAACCCGAACGGGCUCUCCUGCAGCAGCGAACAAACCGGUUGUCUACAUGCAACACGGUCUGCUAGACAGUUUGUAUACGUGGGUCUUGAACUUCCGUAACCAGAGCUUAGCGUUCAUCCUCGCUGAUCUCGGCUACGACGUCUGGCUGGGUAACAACCGAGGUAACACGUGGUCGAAGCAGCAUUUGGACUACACUGUUUACAACAAGGAGUUCAGGGAAUUCACUUGGGAGGAUAUGGGUACCUACGAUCUACCAGCUAUGAUCAACUACGCUCUAAGCGUAUCGGGACGACCGACACUGAGCUACAUUGGCCAUUCAUUAGGGACUACACAAGCGUUCGUCGGGUUUUCCAAAAACCAGGAGCUCGCCAAGGUAGUGUCCUACUUCGGAGCAUUGGCACCCGUCGCGUGGACGGGAGCUGCUACAUCUCCAAACCUUGUUACGUUGGCUAAGACGUACGUGGAUUCAUGGUUUCAAGUCUUCGGCGUGAACGAGUUCAGUCCCAACAACCCUGUUCUUCAAAAUGUACUGGACAAAUAUGCCGGUGCUUGGGCUGGCGUCGUGUGUGACGGCUUCAUCGACUUGAUCGGUGGGCCCACCAACAAUAUCAGCGCCUCGCGCGUACAUGUGUAUGUGACGCAAACGCCUGCGGGUAGCUCUGUAAAGAACAUGGCUCACUAUGCUCAAGGUAUUCGCGACAAUACCUUCGCUGCGUUUGACUACGGAUGCAGCUGUGUUCGGCUUUUGGGUAUUGGUUUGUGCUCGACUCUAAUCUGCGCGAACAAAGCCAAAUACGGCAGCUUCGACCCGCCCGCAUAUCCUCUUGAAAAGAUGGUGUAUCCCCGCACAGGGUUUUACAAUGGUGCUCAGGAUACUCUGGCUGUAAAGACUGACCUCGACAAGCUGCGUACUCGAUUACCCGACGACACUAUCGUGUACGAUAACACCAUCGACUUCGGUCAUAUCGCUUUUACUACGUGA